GGAAACUGUCACAUAUGUGAUGUGUGGCAGAUACAUACACAGCACAGAGGACUUAUUAAGCUACUGAUACGCCUGCUGAACUUCCUGGAGACCCACCAGUUAUGGAAACAGGCUCAACCACUCCUCAAUCGCUCAAUCACUCCACAACACACCCGACUAAUAACUGUGAUCUAUAUGAGCAUGAAGAUUCAGCACGUAUCUUACUGCCUGCAUUCUAUAGCCUUAUUUUCAUAAUAGGAGUGCCUGGAAAUGUACUUGCUCUCAUUGUGGUAAUUAAAAACAGGAAAAAGAUCAAUUCUACUACUCUUUACUCAACGAACCUUGUUGUGUCAGACCUUCUUUUUACUACUGCUUUGCCUGCAAGAAUCACAUACUACGCAAUGGGCUUUCAUUGGCCAUUUGGAGAAGAACUCUGCAAACUCACUGCACUCAUUUUUUACAUCAACAUUUAUGCUGCAGUGAACUUCAUGACAUGUUUGAGUAUUGAUAGGUUUGUAGCUGUGGUGCACCCACUGCGCACAAGGAUCAGAACAGUGAGAUGCGCCGCAUACAUUUGUUGUUCAGUGUGGUUUCUUGUAUUAGCUCAGACUCUCCCAUUAGUUACACUAAACAUGUCACACGAAGAAGGAAAAAGGAACACAUGCAUGGAAUAUCCAAACUUUGAAAAAAUACCGAAUCUCCCUUGGAUGCUUCUUGGCGCUUGUUUACUUGGAUACAUAAUUCCCCUUGGGAUUACAUUAGUCUGUUAUUCUAAAAUUAGUUGUAGACUUUAUCAAAAAGCAAAAAAAAACCCACUUGCAGAAAAAUCAGGAACAAACAGAAAGGCCAUCAAUACAAUUAUUUUCAUCAUUGUGGUCUUCAUUGUUUGCCUCACUCCUUAUCAUGUGGCAAUUAUCAAACAUAUGAUUAUGAAGAUUAUAUUUGGAGAUGAUAGUCUUGAAUGCAGUGUCAAACAAGUCUUCCAGAAGACACUCCACUACACUGUGUUCCUGAUGAAUUUAAACUGCUGCUUGGAUCCUUUAAUCUAUUUCUUUGCAUGCAGAGGAUACAAAAGUACAAUAAUGAAAAUCUUGAGACGUCAAGGAAGCAUAUCACUAUCAAGUGUUGCCCGAACAGCUCAUGAAGAAAGCUCCCGUGAUAUUGGCGAUGCUCACAUGUCUAAUGUUACAACAUCACUAAAUGGAAAAAGGUGAUUGAAAAGGAACAUUUGAAACAUACCUCAAUACACUUGAUUAAAAAAAAUAUUUGUAAUACCAAAAGGCAUGAACUACUCUUUUUAAAAAAGCCAGUGUUCUGAAUCUCCAAAGAGCAGGUGAGUGGCUCAUGAAGCAUCUAUAUGAGCAAUCAAAAAAAGGAAAAUCAAAUUCCUUGCUUUUUUUAAAAAAUGGAAUUGUAUAUUUUUCAAGAAAGCCGUUGCAUGUGAUGUUUUCACCACAGAGUAUAGAACAUUCAUUUCUACACAUUUCCAUUUCUGGAUCUUACAGUGAAAUCCUAAGAAGAGUUACUCCAGUCUAAGCUCUCUGAAAUCAAUGGGCUUAAACUAGAGUAACUCUGUUUAGGAUUUCAUUGUUAGUAAUGCAAGCCAGAGGGCUGAAUCACAUUAUGAACUGGUUCUCUUGACAGGAAAACAGUUGGGAAUUAAAUUGAUUUUCUUUGAAUUAUUAGAGUGCAAUACAUAUGUUCUACGACUGUUGCAAAAGCAAGCAAUAGGUACAAAAGCUGUAUCCGGAAGGAAGCAUUUAACAUUUCCUUGUUCAUAGGUGGGGAACUAUAUAAAAUUAUCACACAAUUAAGAAAAGUGAUGUUUUUUCAGGAAAAAGUGUGUCGUAAGUAGGCAGCUGUAAGUAGUUUUCAGCAAUUGAUCUGCAGCACUCAAACCAUUUAUUCCACUCCUGUUGCCUUUUCAGUCUCUAUUUCACAGAAAUUAUUAUAUAUUUUUGUUGCUAUACUGUAAAUCCAUGACAGACCAUUGGCCAAACCAAGCCUAAAUAGGAAUCCCAUUGGGCCUACAAAAUAAGUCAGCACAAUCUACUGGUAAUAUUCAACCAGUCUUCAACUCCUAUCACAUGGUAGGCAGCUAGGCAAUCAACCAUGUGACUCAGACAAUUCCCUCCCCCCUGGAAUAUUUUUCAUACUGGCAUUAAGUUGACUACAACAGCUAGACAGAGCAAGCAGAUGAAAGAGGCCAGGAGCUGGAAACAGAGUAUGACUGAGAAGGGGAAUUCUUUCACAAAUGAUAUGAUUCAGGGGAAACCACACACAUUAAUCUAAGCCUAAACCACUCCAAUUUGUUUGUUUCUUAAAGAGCAAAAUGUCAUGAUGUAUUAAGAGUAAGGAUUACCCUUUGUCAGACAAUAUUUAAACACUUUAACUUGCAGCAUUUUAAAAUGCUUUGUUCCUUUCCAUCCUAAUUAGAGGUCUAGAAAACAGACCUAAAUUAGACACGGUCCAACCCGGUUCAUGGUUCGCGAACACACAGUUUGUGGGACUCACUUUUUUCAUGAAUUUUAGUCCAUUUGGGCUGGUCUGUUGGUCCAUGAGUCCAGACAUCCUGGCACUGAUCUAUCAAUUCCCUGGACAAUGGAGGGGAUGUCUGCAGACCUUUUGCAGCUCUUAAAACCUUGAUAGGCAGCUCUGCCUACCAACCAGAGAGCUCACAUUCUGCUCUAUGGAGCAAGGAACAAGAAUGAAUUCCCUAGGCAAUGGAGGCGUGAACAUUCUGCAGCCAAUCAUAGCCCUCAAAACAGCUCGGCCUGCCAAACAGAGAGCUCCCAUUCUGCAAGGGAGGGGUGGAUGUUCUGCAGCCAAUCUUAGCCCUCAAAACCUUGAUAGGCAGCUCUGUCUGCCAACCAGAGAGCUCCCAUUCUUCUCUAUGUGAGCAAGGAGCAAGAAUUAAUUCCCUAGGCAACGGCUGGGAAGGUGUCUGUGUGAUGAGUGAGGGGGCUCUUCCACCACCCUUUUCUGUUUGAUUUUGCCUCAUUGUAACUUUUUGGUGCUGCUAGCCAAUUCAAGUCAAUUGGCAUUUGUGGCUCCAGUAUCUACUGGAAGUUUCCUGGGGGUGGCUGCUUUGGGGGUCUGUAACUCAGACAUCUGAAAUGCAAUCUUGACCAAACUUGGAGGGUGGCUGGAGGAGAGGCUGCUGAAGAUUCUCUGCAAGUUUAGGCUCUCUGGGUGUGAAGGAGGCAGAGCUAGGGCUGCCAGAAGUGAAGGACCACGGACCGAUGAACUGGUCCACAAACUGGGCUGAUCAGUGAAAAAUUCAUGGUCCAUGGUCCAUGAAAAUUGACAGACCAUGGGCCAGCUGUCUGUGGGGUUUUCCCAGUCUGUGCCCACCUCUAAUCCUAAUCCUAAUUUAUCUGAGGCACAGGUAAGGGAUUUUGCGGGGUCAAAAAUAAUUAGGGAACGAAUAAAGUUCCUGUGCGAUCAGAAAGUAUCAAAAAUGCAUGGGUGGGGAGUUUUCAUGAAAUGCAGGAUUGGUAAAUGAGAUUUAAAAAUGUUGAAUGAGACUUAUUUUUUUUAAAAUCCUCCAGAGGAACUGAAAGAGACAGAACAAAGGCUGAGGUGAAGGCUAUUACUAAGUAUUUUUUUCCAUAUCAAUAAGAUGGUAGAAAGCUUAGCACUUGGUUUUACAAGGCACCAACUUUCCAUCUUAAAAACCCAGGAGAAAUGCUGAGCAGGGCAGUGCAUGGAAUGACAUCUGGAUGGUGCAAGCUUUGGUACUGUGUUACUUUUAGAGACAAAUCACAGGAAAAUUAGCCGACAUGUUUAAUUAUGUAAAUUCUCAGCAUUGAACUGAGUAUAAACUUGGAACAGUGGCCUGAAUUCAAGCUAGAAAAAGGACAGGAGUGAAUGUUUCAACCAACUUCCAUGCGGCUUUCUGAGCUGAAAACUUUGUGGAGUUUUGCCAUGCCUUUUGCCCAUUUUUAGGGUUUGAAGCAAGAUACAAGAAGUGUUUUUAUAUGUCUGUAAAAAUCUUAUGAAUAUCUGUUUAAAGUAUAUACAAGUAAA